CAAAUUGCGACUUGCAUUAGCCGAUUUGGUUCGACUUUUGCGGGCGGAGGAAACCGAUGGAGAAGAAAGGCGGCGCCGAAAGCUGCCCCCCGCCAUUCAUCGCCGGUGAUUUCCUCAGAGUUCGCCGCGCCCGUGUGGUGUCCAUGGAGCAGCGCAAGGAGCAGGACUUCGACCGCUUUCACUCCCACGUCGACGACCGCCUCCUCGCCCUCUUGCCCACCGCCGAUUCCUCCCACGGUCUCUUCUCCCUGACCUUCCUCCGUAGGCUCCUCGACGCCUUCCUCUCCUGCGACGACGAGUUCCGCUGCCUCCUCCUCGCCCGCGGCUUUGGCGGCCUCCUCUCAAGGCCGGACGCCGAUCGCGCGGUCGCCGACCUACUUGAUCGAACCGUCAAGUCGCUCGACGUCUGCAGGGCUGCCUCCUUAGCCCUCGACUCGAUUCGCCACUUCCAUCGGCUCGCCGACACCGCCGCCUCGGCGGCCAUUCCCGGCCAGGGCGGCCGUGUCUGCCGGGCCAUCGCUAAGUUGCUUGCCUCUUUCCUCAAUUCCGCAGCUGCGAGAUCCGAGGGGUCGUCCGGAUCCUCAGGCCGAUCGAGCCGCAGCGGCCAUUUGCGGACGCUGGGACGCAGAAGCUACUUCUCCGGCGGGAAUACGCCGCCUGUGCCCGCCAAUCUGAUCGUCCCUAGGGGCAGCCCGGCCGGCGGCGAGGAGAUCGCCUUCGCGGUCUACGCGAUGAGCUCCGUGCUGGCCUUCACUAUGUGGGCCCUGGCGGCGGCCCUUGUGUGCCAGGAUGGGGGCGGAACGUUGCCGUCGAGUCCGGUGUCGCCUCGGCAGCAUCUGCCUUGGGCGGGGACGAUGGUCCUGCUGCAGGACCGCAUGUCGGAGGAGUGGCGGAGCAGAAAGGGGGAUUUCGUGCAGCUGGCGGAGAUGCAGGCUCUCCAACGGUGCGCGAAGGGGCUAAUGGAGGCGGUGAGGGAGGGCGGAAGGCCUCGGGCAGAGGACGUGGCUGAGAUGGCGAUGAAGCUGGCGGAGGCGUGUCGGAGGUUGGAGAAGGCGCUGGCGCCGCUGGAGAGGCAGGUGAGGGAGGUGUUCCACCGCGUGGUGGGCAGCCGGGCGGAGGUGCUCCGCUGCAUGGAUCAGAACAAGCGCGCUGCGGCGCCUCCAAUUCCCCCUUAAGCUGGAUCGUUCUGUAGCUGCUGGAUUGCUUUCCUCUUUUAGUGUGAAAAUUUGGAAUUUUCCCAUGCUGUUAAUUAUUGGGAGCAAUUUUUUUUCGGCAAUUUAUAAGGACUAGAUUUCUAAAUUGAUCAAAAUAGGUACACUAUUUUGAUAUGUACUAAAGCACAUAUGCUGUAAUCAAAGUAGAAAAAAAAUAAUAGAUGG